AUGCCACCUGCCUUGGCCGCCACAGCCACAGCCUCUGCCUCUACAAGUAGUCCAAAUCCAGCUACAGUGGUGGCCACCUCCUCCUCCUCCGUUACCAUGCAACAGGCAAAGUAUUUCAAUCAGCAAAUGGAACCAGCCGCGUAUGCUUCGGUGCCAGUUUUACCCCUCAAGACCAUGACCAAUGGCAUUGCCGGAGGAGCUAGCCAUGCACAGCCACAUCCACAGCCACAACCACAUCCACAUCAUCAUCAGCACCAGCAGCAGCAGCCGCAGCACCACCUCCUUCAGCAACAAUCCCAAAACAAACGAAAAUUUUCAACAUUUUUCUAGAUAAGAUUUCAAUUCAAAUCCCAGUUAGUUUUCUUUCUUUUCGGAUAUAUAUAUAUAUAUAACGAAUAUAUAUAUAUAUAUACAUGUUAUGAAAUAGGUUGCAGUGCUGCACUAGUUUUCAAAAUCAUUUUUUGAUAUAUUGUUUUUAUUAAUUUCUAACGAAUAUGAUAAUUUUUUUACGAAUCGGAUUUUAAAACGAAAUGAUUUCUAAAACAAAAAAAAAGAAAAAGAAACGAAAAAGUAUAGAAAUUGUACACGAUCGCGAGAGAUCAGGGCAGAUACACAUAGAACGGCCUUAAGAGCUCCAAGACUCUUAAACAUUAUACUCAUGUCCUGUUGUGUAUUUGCCCUGGACACCCCCCCAUCUACCCACUAGCUAUAUCCUUUAUACAUAUAGUACACACAUAUAUGGAAACCUUUUGCAAUCAAUUUGAAAAUCGCCAAAAUUUGUAAGAGUUAAUACAAAAAAAAAAAGAAAAAGAAAAACUAAAAUACGAAUACGAAUUCAAAAAUCGAAAUCGAAAUCAUAUACAUUGUACGUGAGUGUUUCGGUGUAUGUGUAUGUGUGUAAGAUUGUGCCAGUGUGUGUGCGUGUGCAUCUGUAUUUUCUAAGGUUUAGUCUUUAUAUAUAUUUAUAUCUAUUUAUGCCAUAUAUGUAUAUGUAUAUAGCCCAGGUGCAGACAGAGAAAUUUAUAUGUCAUUCGUGUACAUAGAUGGAGGAGGAAAGUGAGUGUGCAAACGAUCGGUCAUCGAGUGCUGCGAGUAUCUGUAAGAUAGUAUAUACCUCGAGUACAGUGCGUUUCAAAAGCAAACCCCCAGUUAGUCAUAGCUUUUGUACUCCAUAACGUCCCUGUUUAAAAAGCGCACUGUGCUUGGAGAUUACUCGACAUAUACUCCAGAAGAGAUUGCAUUAGUUAUUACACCUAUUGUUUAAUUUAUUUUUAUUUUUUUUUCAAUUUAAAUUUUCAUUUAUUGUUUUUUUUUCGAUCAUACAUAUAAUAUAUAGUGUAUUUUAUGUAUAUUUAGUAAUCGUAAGUGAGCCCUAAUCGCGUAACUUAAAUGUCGUCCAAUAUUCAAAUCAAAUCAUUUGAUUUUCAUGUACAUAAGUGUAUAAUGAAUGAGGAUUCUUUGGUUCUAGCUUACCAAUUACUUAUGUACUAUAGGGUACGGCUAUAUGUAUAUAUAUAUAUAUAUAAAUAUUUCUAUCAAUAUUUAUAUUAAUAUUAUAUGUAUUCCGUAAGCACCCAAAACUUUGUUGUUAUGUUUUUAAGUGCUUUAGCUUUUACAUCAAAGCCCCGAUUGAGUGUUCGAGUGUGUGUGCACGUUUUUUUUUUUUUUAGAAAAAUUUCAAAAAAAAAUUCAUUGUUUCAUUUAUAUAUUUUUUAUUUUUUAAAUUUUCUUAGAAAUAAUAUCUGUAACAUACACACCUGAUCUACGAGGGCAACUCUAUAUGUGUCUGUAUUAUGUUUGUGUGCUGCUGCAUCAGGCGAUAGAUCUAAAUAUAUAUAUAUCUAUAUAUAUGAUCCACAUAAUCUAUAUAUAUAUAUAUGUAUAAGAGAAAGAACAAAAUAACCUGGAUAAUCCCAAAAAAAACCUUUCCCUGAUCAGAUCACGAGAGUUUGCAAGGAACAAAAUACUUGUAAAGACUAUACGAAAUAUAUAAUGGAUCAAGAGUAUUUAGUAUAAGCGUUUUUUGCUAACACAUUAAUUCAUGAAUUUGCAACAAUAUUUAAUAUACAUAAAGAAAAUGCAUAUACAAACAAAAAAAAAAAAAAAAAACACAAAACAAAAGCGAGAUAAACGAAAAACCGAAACAAAAAUGUAAUGUAAAGUGUAAAAGGAGGAAAAGAGGAUGAAAUUGUUUUAGAUUUUUAUACCAAAUUGAUGUAAAACCACAAAUUGCUUAUUUUUUUGUAUUCCUAAAACCUAAACCUCAACCUACAACCUUGACCCUCUAGCCCUAAGGGGCCACGACCCUGAUCUCUUCAGGGAAUGUGAGAAAAUGACUCUAACAAAGUCAAAAAGCCAGAGAAACAACAAUGUUUCAAGAUGUUAAGAAUAUGCAAGAUUCUUGGGUUCUGAAAUUGUUUUUUUUUUUGUAUUGAAUACUUAUGUAAUUUGUAAAUUAUAUGACAAGUAAUCAAAUAGCAAGCAUAAACGGCAAGGCAAUUAAUAAAUAAUAAAAAUUAAA